UAGGGAGUGGUUGUGUUUGUAAGUGAAAUAUCAAUUCUUAUUUCAAGACAACUUUCAUAGUAAUUCAAUAAGUACUAUAAUUAUCAAGAUUUGAAUAAGUUAAUUGAUAUAAAUAAUACGAAGAAAAUGGAGCCUGUACCUAAAAGUCGAAAUGGAAAUCGAUCGGCAUCAGUGGGGAAAUCACAACAUGUCUUUGACUCUAGUUUAAAAAAAACUACAGAACGUCUGGUUAAAUUAAUGGAGAAAACAGGAUAUCAGUUGGUGCAAAUAAAUGGUCAGCGUCGAUAUGGAGGUCCACCUCCUAAGUGGGAAGGACCACCCCCACCAAGGGGAAGUGAAGUUUUCGUAGGAAAAAUUCCUCGUGACUGUUUCGAAGAUGAACUUGUGCCCACUUUCGAAGUGGUUGGUGAGAUCUAUGAAUUAAGACUCAUGAUGGACUUUAGCGGUUCUAACCGCGGAUUUGGCUUUGUGAUGUAUUCGUCACCCGAAAUUGCUGAUUUUGCUGUCAAGAAAUUGAAUAACUAUGAAAUCAGGGAAGGAUGGCGAAUUGGUGUCGCUAAAUCUGCAAACAACUGCAGGCUUUAUAUUUGGGGGCUUCCUACCGAUAAAAAUAUAACCGACAUCAGAUCUGUGUUGUGUCGUCUCACGGAAGGGCUCUCGGAUUUGUGGCUGUACAAGAGCACGGAUUGUGGACCAGACAAUACAGUUCAUCCUCAGACAAGUGGGCAGUACGCUCUUGUAGAAUAUGAGAGCCACCAUGCAGCUGCUAUGGCGAGAAGGCGCCUUAUUCCCGACAGAGUCCAGCUGUGGGGAAGGGAGAUCAUUGUUGAAUGGGCCACACCACACAUUUCCAUGAAGCAUCAGCAAGCCUGUGAAGGAUUGGACAAAAUGAAUCAGGAAAUACCAACAUCACAACAACAAAAUAACCAAAUACAACAGAGCAGUGCCAAUAAUGGGACCAUUUCUUCGCAGAGUUCUGACACUUGGUGUCUAGAACGAGCAAUUGAUGAAUUUAUUUAUGACAACUCCUGCACAGGUCCAAUCCCUCUUUCUUGUACACAGCAUACCGACAAUCCUAUACAACUUGUCGAAUCAGUCCGGCCCAAUGCAAAUAACAUCUCACCUGACAUCCAGAUAGCAGAUUCUGCGUCAACAAAGAAUUACAGAGGCAAUUCAAAGCCACUUGUAGCUGCUGAUGUUAACAGAGAGCUGGUUCCGUCCGGAGCUGAAGUUACGUCAACAAUGGAAAAUGGAAGACGUAUAACAAAUUAUAGUGUUCAGCUGGUAAAGCAACACACAGUUUACCAACAAUGGAAAGGAAAUUACAUUCGUGGCAAUGCUUCUGGUUCAGGAAAUAAUUCUGAUACCGUAUUUGGUAUGCAAAAUACACAACUACCGAACUAUUCAGGCAUAGAUUACAGACCACAGAGGCAGGUAUGUCUUAACGGGGUAGCUCACACCGAGAUGUUAAACUCAGAUUACAUCGAAACUAAUAAAGACGAGCUAAACACAAAAAUGCCGUUAUGUGGAACAGCUGGCCUGACCAAAUUUUCUUACGACCAGAUUCUUAGAAACUUUAACAAGCUUAAGUUUGGUAGAGCUGUAAGGGGACGUGUUCCAAUGACAAGCGGUAUCAAAACAGAACUUGCAAGCACAGGAAAUCAAAAUAUCUCUCCUGAAGAAUACGUAGGAUCUUCUAAACCUGUAGAAAAUUCAGCAUCACCCAAUGACAAAACAGGUAUAAAUGUUCGUGUUGGAGGUAAACAGAAAUUGUCACUUGGAAAAUGUUUGCCAAAUAUAAGAUGUGGUCCAGCAUCAGAUGUAAAUUCAUCCUCGUGCGCCUCUGGUAAUGCAGAAACCGACACAAAUGACCACAGCCACGUCUUCAACCCAGCCCCAGGCGGUCCAGUUUAUGUUCACGAAAGGAAUGAUAUUGUGAGCGAUGGAGACAAAAUGAAUCAUGCUACUUAUCCUUUUUGGAAAAUACUCUAAUGGGAGCGUAAGUUUUCCAUCAUCGGGUCAGUGCACCUGAUUUUCAUUUAUUUUUAAUUUUUUUUUUACAAUUUUCACAGUUCUAAAUCAAUAAAUGUUAAGCAAACAGUGUCUUUCUUUAUAUAACAUUAAAUAAUGUAAUUGUAGGUACGCAUUAUAUAUUGGCAUGUCUCAAUUAAGAAACUUUUUCAUUUUAUUAUGGA